GCGGAGCGGGGCGGCGGCAGGGCGGUGGGGGGUGGGGGGGCGGGCCGGCGGAAGAUGGCGAACGUGGGGCUGCAGUUCCAGGCCAGCGCCGGGGACGCGGACCCGCAGAGCCGGCCGCUGCUGGUGCUCGGGCAGCUGCACCACCUGCACCGCGUGCCCUGGAGCUACGUCCGCGGGAAGCUGCAGCCCCGGGUCACCGAGGAGCUCUGGCAGGCUGCUCUAAGCACGCUCAACCCCAACCCCACGGACAGCUGUCCCCUGUACCUGAACUGUGCCACCGUGGCCGCUCUGCCCUCCAGGGUCAGCCGGCACAACAGCCCCUCCGCCGCCCACUUUGUCACCCGACUGGUGCGCACCUGUCUGCCACCUGGAACCCAGCGGUGCAUUCUGAUGGUCUGCGAGCGGUCCGAUGCCUUCGCCUCUGCCUGCGCCCUGGCCCGGGCCUUCCCGCUCUUCACGCACCGCUCCGGGGCUGCGCGGCGCACAGAGAAGAAGACGGUGACGGUGGAGUUUUUCCUGGUGGGACAGGACAAUGGGCCUGUGGAGGUGUCCACUUUGCAAUGCUUAGCAAAUGCCACAGAAGGGGUGCGGCUGGCUGCCCGUAUUGUGGACACUCCCUGCAAUGAGAUGAACACGGACACCUUCCUCGAGGAGAUUAAGAAAGUUGGGAAAGAUCUGGGCAUCACCCCGACGGUCAUCCGAGAUGAGCAGCUGAAGGCGAGAGGAUUUGGAGGAAUCUAUGGUGUUGGCAAAGCUGCUGUCCACCCCCCUGCGCUGGCCGUCCUCAGCCACACCCCAGAAGGAGCCACGCAGACCAUUGCCUGGGUGGGCAAAGGGAUCGUCUAUGACACCGGGGGUCUCAGCAUCAAAGGGAAGACCACCAUGCCUGGGAUGAAGAGGGACUGCGGAGGUGCCGCGGCCAUCCUGGGGGCCUUCAGAGCUGCCAUCAAGCAGGGUUUCAAAGACAACCUCCACGCUGUGUUCUGCUUGGCUGAGAACUCUGUGGGUCCCAACGCUACGAGGCCAGACGACAUCCACCUGCUGUACUCAGGAAAGACUGUGGAGAUCAACAACACUGACGCGGAGGGCAGGCUGGUGCUGGCGGAUGGCGUGUCCUAUGCCUCCAAGGACCUGGGUGCGGACAUCAUCCUGGACAUGGCCACACUGACCGGAGCUCAGGGCAUCGCCACUGGCAAGUACCACGCCGCAGUGCUCACCAACAGCGCCGAGUGGGAGGCAGCCUGCGUGAAGGCCGGGAGGAGGUGCGGGGACCUGGUGCACCCCCUGGUCUACUGCCCCGAGCUGCACUUUAGCGAGUUCACCUCGGCCGUGGCCGACAUGAAGAACUCCGUGGCGGACCGGGACAACAGCCCCAGCUCCUGCGCCGGCCUUUUCAUCGCUUCACACAUCGGCUUUGACUGGCCUGGGGUCUGGGUCCACCUGGACAUCGCCGCCCCGGUGCACGCCGGGGAGCGCGCCACGGGCUUCGGUGUGGCGCUCCUGCUGGCGCUGUUCGGCCGGGCCUCCGAGGACCCCUUGCUGAACCUGGUGUCCCCACUCGGCUGCGAGGUGGAUGCCCAGGAGGGGGAUGUGGAGAGGGACUCCAAGAGGCGCAGGCUCGUGUGAGGCCGGCCCCUCCCUGGCCCCCUGGCACCAGGCUCUUUACCUCACUUUGCACUGAUGAAUUUUAAGCAGUUGGCAGAGGACACCUGAGAUAGGCUUUGGUUUGUUUUUCUUUUUAGUUGUCACGGUGAUAGAAGCAGCUCCUACUUCUGUCCUAGAAGACAGCUUAGGGUCUGGAGGGUUGCAGGGGGUGGGUUGGGGUGAAGCCCUGGGGCUUGCUGCCCUUCCAGUGACCUCCCAGCUUCCCUGCCGGCUUCCGAAGACCCUCCUCCCCCCACAUCCCC